GAAGAAAGUCCUUGGUGCAUAAUCCUACUUGUGUUCCCAGUGUACAUCAGACAGCCUGCCCUGCCCUGCACCAUCACAGUAAAUCAGUUUGUUCUUCCAUAACCCCUCUGAUGGGAUCAGCAAGACACCAUCCAGGCCUUAAGACUUAAAUUGUAUUUGAGAAUAAAUCUAAAUUUAAGACAAAGCCUGGCCUAUUUUAUAGUAGGGAUUAUGUGAUGUGGUGUCUGCAGUGGUGUGAGAAGUCUUAGCUCAGGAGGUCACUUCUCCAGUCUUUUGGAUGUAUUAACUCACAUACUCAAGGCUCCCUGAAUUAAUUUGGAAUCAAAGAUCCUGCCAUUUCUAUUUUAAAUACAAGUGAAAGGAUGUGUUCAGUUAAGUGAAAAGGUGACAUUUACAUGGCUGGGUAGUCUUGUCAAUCCUCUGUAAAAUGUGAUAAAAAUCAGCAUCUUUUCAGACACAUUAAUGCAGAUUGGGAUGACCUGAGCUCUGGAACUGUGAUUGGGAUAGCUUGUGCUUAUUCCUUUUAAACACACUGUCCUAUGAAACAUUUGUCUCAUCUGUCAGAGGGUAAACUUGAAAUCCUGACUCAGUUUCAUGCACUGAGAUGUAUUUUAGAGUGGAGGAGGGGAAGUGGAGGAGGAAAGAUUACCAUAAGCCUGCCUCCUGCAGACUUAUUAUCCCUCCAAGAUCCACGGAGCAGGUGGAAAACUGCUGUUCCUGCCAAACCCUGAGCUACCCUGAGCUGACACACCUGAGCUGGUGGUGUUUGUUACUCCCCAGGCUGGCUGGACUGAACUCUUCUCUCUUCAUAAUUUGGUAUAUGUCACAAGGAAAACAUGCAGAAGCAAGAGAACUAAUGUAUUCAGGGGCUUUACUGUUCUUCAGUCAUAAUCAGCAAAACAGUGCUGCUGACCUGUCCAUGCUGGUUCUGGAGUCUCUGGAGAAGUCGGAUGCAAAAGUAGCAGAAGAUCUUUUAGAAAACUUGGCUAAAUUGUUUAGUUUAAUGGAUCCAAAUUCUCCCGAAAGAGUGGCUUUCGUAUCCAGAGCACUAAAAUGGUCCAGUGGGGGAUCAGGAAAACUUGGACAUCCAAAACUACACCAGUUACUAGCUAUUACCUUGUGGAAAGAGCAAAACUAUAGUGAAUCUCGGUAUCACUUCUUGCACUCGACAGAUGGUGAGGGCUGUGCAAAUAUGCUGGUGGAAUACUCCUCGUCCCGCGGAUACCGCAGUGAGGUGGACAUGUUUGUAGCUCAGGCAGUACUACAAUUUCUCUGCUUAAAAAAUAAGACCAGCGCAUCAGUUGUUUUUACAACAUACACACAGAAACAUCCUUCGAUAGAGAAGGGUCCACCCUUUGUGCAACCACUGCUAAACUUCAUCUGGUUUCUGUUGUUGGCAGUUGAUGGAGGAAAACUAACAGUAUUUACAGUAUUGUGUGAACAGUAUCAACCUUCGCUGAAAAGAGACCCCAUGUAUAAUGAGUACCUAGAUAGAAUAGGACAGCUUUUCUUCGGAGUUCCGCCCAAGCAGACCUCGUCCUACGGGGGAUUGCUAGGAAAUCUUUUAAACAGUCUGAUGGGAACUGGGGAAGAUGAUGACACAGAAGAGGGUCAGGAAGACAGCAGUCCUAUCGAGCUCGACUGAAUGUUGUUGUCAUUGGGUGCCGUGUAAAUCUGAUGAUUCGAUGACUCCAAAGACACUUUUGGAAUUUGAAUCCUGCAGUUGUUUCUUGGCUCCUAAAAGGGCUCCUCUGGUCUUUUAGAAAUGGUUGCUGAAAUGUUUAUACUGUCGGUCUAUAUUAUUUAUGUAAAAAAAAAAAAGAAAGAAACCAACAAAAAGUAGCCAAACGAACCAAUUGGAGCGGUUGUUAGUGGGUUUCCAAUCCAGCGGCUGGGGACUGAUUAAACAUGGUCUGCGGUUUCUGAUGCAGUAUUCCCUUUUGCACAGUCUUUCAAUAAAGCAUAAACAUGGGGCUUGUCCUUCACGGCCUACCCAAUUCCGUCUCUGUUCUGAGCAAGCCUCCUUGCCCUCUGCCCUCUUCCAAGGAAGAUCUCAAAAGGCAGGGGGAGCAAUUGAAUAACUGAUUUGUGAGGCUGGUGCCAAAAGUACUGCGAGAUGAACCGAGCAGCAUAAUUUGAGAUGCACAUCCAAGAGACAUUGAUACAAGAACUUGCUUCCACUGCCAUGAGUAACAUGCACACCCUUCAUACUGCCUGCCCCUCUCCCCAAGGCCAGGCUCUGGCUGAGCCCACGCGUGUUUAGCCGAUACUUCCUGAAAAGCACAAGGUUGAAUAGCUCUUGAGUAAAAGCCCAUUAAUGGAAUGCAGGUGAUUGGCUUCCAGGUGGAUCUCUCUUGCCUAGGUAUAAAAAUUUGGCAUCUAAAAUACCUCCUGUGGCUUGUGGCUGUACUUUGGAAGAGGUUUUGCCAGAGUAAGUUCCCAGCCGUACGUGCAGGCGGCGGCGUUGCUGUGAGCGGAGCGGUUUGCCGUGGGCAGAGGAUGUGUUUGAACUGGGCUGGAUGGCAAGAAAAGGGAUACUGCAGAGCUUCUGGUUCUUUAUGAUAUAUUUAUUUUUCUUGGGUGAUUGAUUCAUUUAACACUUUCUGUUAAAAAAAAGAAUAAAUCAAUAAAUAAUGGAGUAACUUCACCCCCAGCAGUAGGCAUAGCCAUUCUCCAUCUCCUCUGUAAUGCAGCACAGUCUGGUACAGGGAACAGGUGAAAGGGUGGGGAAACACUUUAUUUUUUCAUGAUGAAAAUAAAAAGGCUUAGAUUAAUAAACAGCAAUCAUGCAUGGGGGAGGGAUUAAUACAAAUUUAUUGACUGUAUGAAAAAAAAAAAAAAAGGCAUUGACAGGAAGACUUUGUGUUAAUUGUGAAGUCUCAAAUAAACACUUUAUACCAGGA